CUGAAAAAAUCAUGAUCGCAAAAUGGGAAAUAUUCACAAAUUAUCAGCCUGAGAAAUUGUUGAAACGGAAGAGAAGAGAAGAUGACGAUGCUGGGCCUGGGUUGGUUCAGAAAACGCAAGAAUUUGGGCUUACAAUAUACCAAGGAUAAGCCGCGGGAACAUUCGCGCUGCGACCUCUGCUUUAAUGACUUCCACUUUCCUUGCCGGACUAACUGUGGCCAUUGGCUUUGCGGUACCUGCGUUCUUCGAUUUUGGAGACUCAUCGAUGAUUUCCGAAAGUUCAAGUGUCCUAAGGUUAUGUGUGAAUCCCAGGUAUAUAAUCUUGUUCCACAUUCACCUGUAAUGGUUCAGCCAGGAAAAGAAGUUGCUGAGGUCCUCGGACAGAUCCUGCUAUUUAAUCGUGCACAUAAGAAAGAGGUGAAUCUGCUCCAGUGCAUUAAAGGAACCUUGUACUACUUGAUAUUUGAAAAUAUGCCGUUAUCUUAUCUGCUGAUCCAAACUGCCUACGCAAUAUAUGACUUCCGUUUUUGGCUGACUGAAGGGACUGAAUUCCGACUAGUUCAAAUGCUGAGAUGUGCCCUGUGUGCACUUUUUAUUUGGUUUAAUAUUUGGAUGAAUAGGCGGCUAAGGAGAUAGAAUUUGAGGCAUUUGGCGGGGAAUAGAAUGGAGAUCGAUAAUGGACAGGAAAAUGUGAGUUUGAGCAAGAUUUCCGGAAGGAUGCUAUGUUUUUGUGAAGCUAUGCUGAUGAAGAAUGAAAAUCAUAUACAUAUACAGUUAUGAAAAGCUCUAGCUACUUCAUUGAA